AUGAGAUCUGGAUUUGAAGUAGUUUGGGGAUUUCCUCAAUGCUAUGGUGCGAUAGAUGAGUGCCAUAUAGAGAUUAAAGUAAAUGAUGAGGACAAAGUAGAUUACCAUAAUUAUAAAGGAUGGUAUUUAAUUGUUCUCUUGGCGGCAGUUGACUAUCGGUACAGAUUCACUUAUGUGAAUAUUGGUUCGCCAGGGAGAAAUAAUGAUUCCCACAUCUUCGAAAGGUCAAUCAUUCGACGACUGCAUAAUGAAGAUGAGACAUUUCAAAGGUUCCUCAAAGUUAUUCAAGGAGUCCAGGUGCCAAUUUUACUUUUGGGUGAUUCUGCUUUCCGUUUGGACAGGUUUCUCAUGAAACCCUAUCCCCAUGACAAUCUCACUCCAAAAGAAAAGCACUUUAAUUAUAUGCUGUCCAGAGCACGAAGAGUGACCGAGAAUGCAUUUGGCCAGCUCAAAAAUCGUUUUCGAAGGAUUGGUAAUGGUCUCGAACUAAUGCUGGAAAAUGAUUCAAUAGUUAUCAGGGUUUCGUGUAUCCUUCAUAAUAUUUUAAAUGAAAAGAAUGAUUAUUUGAAUGAGGAAUUUGAUGUGGCUAGUUCUGAACAAUUGGAGAACCGAGAACAGCCUGUCCAUGUCAUAAUGCGAGCACCAACAGGUGAUGGAAUAACUGUCCGCAAUACAAUUGCUGAUUACCUUUGGGCCCGGGAUAGACGUCUGGAUGAAAAUAAUGAAUAA